AUGCGCAGCAUUAAGCUUUUUAACAUACUAAGCCCACCAGAUCUGUCCGUUAUACAAUCCCUUCUAUCAAGUGCGUUGCUCAUGCAACACAUGGGGAGGCCCAAUCGAUGUUGGCUCUUCACCUCCUACGCUGCACGGCAGAUCAUUGCUCUGAACUUUCACAAAAUUAGGAGACUGUCGAUUGUAUCUGAUCUCGAUCAAGAAAUUCACGACGCCGUCUACUGGUGCUACUAUCUCGACCGAACUUUGAGCUCUCUCCUCGGCCGACCUCCUUCGCUGCCAGAUCUCGAAGUCUCCCCCGCUGAACUUCUCCUAAUAAACCCAGCAUCACCAUAUAACAACCUGUUGCGUGUGAUUCUAGAUCUCGCCGAGGUACAGGGAAAAUUACUGACGGUAUCGUGUGGCCACACAGAUAAAUCCAAAGAAAGAGCUGUCGAAUUAUGUCAGCUUCUCGAAUCUAGAAUGCAAGACAUUUUCCCCCGUCUGCAAUCGAACGAGGACUGUGAGCCUAAGAUAGUACAAUACGAUUGGAUUGCUGUUGACUUCUGCUACUACGCGAUACUCGUCGAGAUAUACCGAACUCAUUUACAAAAUGCUUUCAACCCAGCUGCGCAUCGAACAUGUUUGAUCUAUGCUCGAAGAUCCCUGGGAGCAUUUCAUUUCAUCCAGAAGCACUCUGCCGAGAUGCCCGGAUUCGACGAUCCCUUCCCAUCUUUUUUGACAUGGUAUGUCCAUAUCUUCUUUAAAGAUUUGGAACUCUUUCUCACAGACUCCCCCAGGACCUUGUUUAUCUAUCCACUCAGCGCCUUUUUUGUGGUCUUCUGCAACAUCAUCGGAACUGUAGACCAAGAUGACUAUGAACUCAUGGGACAAAUCAUUAAGGAACUGUCGCCUUUCAAAAAGGACCCCCACCUGGGAAAACUUCUGGACUUGUUACAAUCAAUACAACGACUUUGUGAGCCUUUGUUCCAGCAACUGACUGGCAACCCCGGUCUUGCCUCACCCCAGGGAGACAACCAGCAUGAUAUUGUGACAAUGGAUGACCACCGCACAGACCUGGACACUACUGGAUUAUUUCCCUCGAUGGUGCCGUUUGGAGAUGAUUUACAGCCCGUGUCUGAUCCAGAUGUCAACUUUUCAGCCGACCGGCUGAUGUGGGACCUUUUCAAUAGCCAAGUUCCCGCUAGAUGGCUAAACAAAGAUCCCGACUCAUUCGGUGUCUAA